AUGUCGAACUCCUUCAUCACCCUCUUUAUCAUCAUCGACCGCGAGACAAUCGCAGACGCCUUCCCCAUCGACAUCGAUCCCUCAAAAACCAUCGGUCACCUCAAACAACUCAUCAAGAACCACAAUCCCCGCAGCGUGAGCGACCUCGAUGCCCGAAAGCUGCGAUUGUGGCAUAUCAACAUCCCCUACGCCCACGAGAGAGGGUAUGAGGAUACCAUCAGGCUCCAUGAAGUCUGCGGGACGUGCUUGCUGGCACCCUAUCUGAAGCUGAAGGAUUUCUUUGGUACCAAUCCGGAUGGGAAGAAGAUUCAUAUUCUUGUUGAACUCCCGGAGGGACAGAGGGGUAAUAUGGUUAUUCGAUAG